GCAAAAAUUGAUGCUUUUAUGUGUAAUGUGACCUGGGUUCAAUUUUCAUGACAUUCACCCAUACAUAUACCAAAUCUUGGGACAGAUCUUGUGAUCCUUUUGACCCCAUAGACAGCUCCUCAGACUGACAGCAAACAGGCCAAUACGCCCUCAGUCUGAAUUCUACAUCAUGAGGCAGCAGAUCAUGUGUAAUGACAAACUAGCAGCAUUUGCACACCUUGGACUGUAUUAGCGUCAGCGCCUGAGCUAAUGUUCUCAGUUUAACCUCCCUCUCAUCAGCCAGAGUUAUCCUGUCCUGAAAAUGCUGUCUAAGCCCUCGCUCUGCUGUGUGUGAGAGCUCUUAAUUCCCUCUUUGUGCUCUCUCUCUCUCUCUCUCUCUCUCUCUCUCAGCAACCCUGACUUAACUAGUUAGAGAAACCUGUUGUGUUUUGCACUGUGGCUGCCCGCUGUUCCUUGUGGUGCAGCUUUCAGCCCCCCUCAGGGGACAGACAUGUGGCGCGGGACAGGAGCGGCCACCACAGGAACUGACAGCAGGAUCCCUUGAGCUCAAAAACAAAGGAUAACCACCAACCGAUCAACGCAGGGACAAGGAGACGUGAGUCCAGGAGAAUAUCAACCAUGUUGAUGCCAUGGAGAUUGUUCCUCUGCCAGAUGGCACUGAACAUAUUCUAUCACAUCGCAAAAGCCAGCUUAUGCCUUGGUGGUCAAGACAUAUUUGCCACGGUCAGAGAGAACAGUCCCACUGGAGAGUUCAUAGCCAACCUCAGUAUCAACGGAGACCCUGGAGCCAGUAGCAUCCGCUUGUGUCUCACUGGAGAAAACGCUGACUGGUUUUACCUUGAAGGCCGAACAAUCCGACUCAACUCGUCGUUUUCAAGGAUCUUAGAUCGAGAGGUGCUGGGAUCAGUUCUGAUAGCUGCUUUGACAUGUUAUGAAGAUGAUAUAAUCAGGAGUCGAUAUCGAAUCAUGUUGGAAAUAUUGAAUGAAAAUGACAACAUGCCAUAUUUCCUUGAAGAAACAAUUCAACCACGAUAUAUAAGUGAGUUGCUGACUGUAAACUCGAUGGUGUUCACAGUAAAAGCUAGAGAUGGCGAUGGAGACACGAUCACUUAUAUGACCGACAAAUCUACAGCCGAUGCCAGCUAUUUUAAGAUUGAUCUGCCCAACAGCGGGAUGGUGAUCCUGGAUAAACCAUUGGACUAUGAGACUAAAACCCAACUGCAGGUGGUCAUAUUUGCUGUGGAAACGAACACAAAAGAGAAGUAUAGCACAUCAGCUACAGUCACAGUGAAUGUUCUAGACGGUGAUGACCAGUAUCCUCAGUUUCAGCCAUGUGCACCUGUUUAUGAAGAUGGAGAUCAUAAUAUCUGCACCAAUCCUGUGUACAGUGUUAACAUCACAGAGGCAGAAGAGGAUGCUGUGCUUUAUUUUUCUCCGGGUCCCAUUCAUGCUGAAGACGGAGACAAAGACAUACUGACUCCUCUAGUCUACAGUAUUUUGUCAGGUGAUGACAAUGGCAGAUUUACAAUCGACUCUAAAACAGGAGAAAUCUCUCUCCGGCAACGUGUAGAAAACAGACUCCUCACACCUUCAUUCAGACUCCGCAUAAUGGCUGCGCAGGUGAACGACCCAAAGAAAUAUUCGGUGGCGACGGCACUGGUGCAUGUGGUGUCGAAGAACCGAUUUCCUCCAAUCUUCAACAAAACCAUCUACAAAGGGUUCCUCAUCGAGAGUUCCAGUCCUGCUACACUGGUCACUACCUACGGGAACCAAGUCCUGGUAGUCCAGGCUAUCGACAGGGACUUCAGAGAUGGAAUAAACCCAAAAAUCCAUUACACAAUGCAGCCCUUGACAGGUAGCAACAAACUGUACCACAUUACCCAGGAUGGCAUUGUGAUUGCAAAGACAGACCGGCUCAGAGCAUUCGACAGACACAUUCUGGAGGUGAUUGCAACAGAUGAAGAGUCAGGUGAGACGGCCCAUGCUUCAGUCGAUAUUGAAGUGCUGCAGAGGGGACAACCAGGUAAAUGCACUUAAGGGCAUUAAUUGUGU